AUGGGGAGAGGUACACUAAGGUAGGCUACAGGGAGGGGGGGAGAGGAACACUAAGGUAAGCUACAGGGAGGGGGGAGAGGAACACUAAGGUAGGCUACAGGGAGGGGGGAGAGGAACACUAAGGUAGUUUACAGGGAGGGGGGGAGAGGAACACUAAGGUAGGCUACAGGGAGGGGGAGAGGAACACUAAGGUUAGGCUACAGGGAGGGGGGAGGGGGGAGAGGAACACUAAGGUAGGCUACAGGGAGGGGGGAGAGGAACACUAAGGUAGGCUACAGGGAGGGGUGAGAGGAAUACUAAGGUAGGCUACAGGGAAGGGGGGAGAGGAAACACUAAGGUAGGCUACAGGGAGGGGAGAGGAACACUAAGGUAGGCUACAGGGAGGGGGGAGAGGAACACUAAGGUAGGCUACAGGGAGGGGGGGAUAGGAACACUAAGGUAGGCUACAGGGAGGGGGAGAGGAACACUAAGGUAGGGCUACAGGGAGGUGGGAGAGGAACACUAAGGUAGGCUACAGUGGAAGGGGGGAGAGGAACACUAAGGUAGGCUACAGGGAGGGGGGAGAGGAACACUAAGGUAGGCUACAAGGAGGGGGGAGAGGAACACUAAGGUAGGCUACAGGGAGGGGGGGAGGACCACUAGGUAGGCUACAGGGCGGGGGGAGAGGAACACUAAGGUAGACUACAGGGAGGGGGGAGAGGAACACUAAGGUAGGCUACAGGGAUGGGGGAGAGGAACACUAAGGUCGGCUACAGGGAGGGGGGAGAGGAACACUAAGGUAGGCUACAGGGAGGGGAGAGGAACACUAAGGUAGGCUACAGGGAGGGGGGAGAGGAACACUAAGGUAGGCUACAGGGAGGGGGGGAGAGGAACACUACGGUAGGCUACAGGGAGGGGGGAGAGGGGGAGAGGGAAAACACUAAGGUAGGCUACAGGGAGGGGGAGAGGAACACUAAGGUAGGCUACAGGGAGGGGGGAGAGGAACACUAAGGUAGGCUACAGGGAGGGGGGAGAGGAACACUAAGGUAGGCUACAGGGAGGGGGGAGAGGAACACUAAGGUAGGCUACAGGGAGGGGGGAAGGAGGGAGAAGGAACCACUAAGCGUAGACUACAGGGAGGGGGGAGGGCUACAGGGAGGGGGAGAGGAACACUAAGCACAGCAGCUACAUAGACAUCAGAGUGGACAGCAGCUACAUAGACAUCAGAGUGGACAGCAGCUACAUAGACAUCAGAGUGGACAGCAGCUACAUAGACAUCAGAGUGGACAGCAGCUACAUAGACAUCAGAGUGGACAGCAGCUACAUAGACAUCAGAGUGGACAGCAGCUAAAUAAAAUAGGGAACCACUGGCACAUCGAGUGUUGGGAUUAAUAGACCUUUGUCCUUUAUGAAAUCUGAGGUGAAAGUCUCUGUAGCCUUAUACCAUAUACCCAACAUUCACUGUCCAAACACAGCAUUGACUCACACUAACUAUAUACCCAACAUUCACUGUCCAAACACAGCAUUGACUCACACUAACCAUAUACCCAACAUUCACUGUCCAAACACAGCAUUGACUCACACUAACUAUAUACCCAGCCCUCACUGUCCAAACACAGCAUUGACUCACACUAACUAUAUACCCAGCCCUCACUGUCCUAACACAGCAUUGACUCACACUAACCAUAUACCCAACAUCACUGUCCUAACACAGCAUUGACUCACACUAACCAUAUACCCAGCCCUCACUGUCCAAACACAGCAUUGACUCACACUAACUAUAUACCCAACAUUCACUGUCCUAACACAGCAUUGACUCACACUAACCAUAUACCCAGCCCUCACUGUCCUAACACAGCAUUGACUCACACUGACUAUAUACCCAGCCCUCACUGUCCAAACACAGCAUUGACUCACACUAACUAUAUACCCAACAUUCACUGUCCAAACACAGCAUUGACUCACACUGACUAUAUACCCAGCCCUCACUGUCCAAACACAGCAUUGACUCACACUAACCAUAUACCCAACAUUCACUGUCCAAACACAGCAUUGACUCACACUAACUAUAUACCCAACCCUCACUGUCCAAACACAGCAUUGACUCACACUAACCAUAUACCCAGCCCUCACUGUCCAAACACAGCAUUGACUCACACGAACUAUAUACCCAACAUUCACUGUCCAAACACAGCAUUGACUCACACUAACUAUAUACCCAACAUUCACUGUCCUAACACAGCAUUGACUCACACUAACUAUAUACCCAGCCAUCACUGUCCUAACACAGCAUUGACUCACACUGACUAUAUACCCAGCCCUCACUGUCCAAACACAGCAUUGACUCACACUAACCAUAUACCCAGCCCUCACUGUCCAAACACAGCAUUGACUCACACGAACUAUAUACCCAACAUUCACUGUCCAAACACAGCAUUGACUCACACUGACUAUAUACCCAGCCCUCACUGUCCUAACACAGCAUUGACUCACACUAACUAUAUACCCAGCCCUCACUGUCCUAACACAGCACUGACUCACACUAACCAUAUACCCAGCCCUCACUGUCCAAACACAGCAUUGACUCACACUAACUAUAUACCCAACAUUCACUGUCCAAACACAGCAUUGACUCACACUGACUAUAUACCCAGCCCUCACUGUCCUAACACAGUAUUGACUCACACUAACUAUAUACCCAACCCUCACUGUCCAAACACAGCAUUGACUCACACUAACCAUAUACCCAACAUUCACUGUCCAAACACAGCAUUGACUCACACUAACUAUAUACCCAACCCUCACUGUCCAAACACAGCAUUGACUCACACUAACCAUAUACCCAGCCCUCACUGUCCAAACACAGCAUUGACUCACACGAACUAUAUACCCAACAUUCACUGUCCAAACACAGCAUUGACUCACACUGACUAUAUACCCAGCCCUCACUGUCCUAACACAGCAUUGACUCACACUGACUAUAUACCCAGCCCUCACUGUCCAAACACAGCAUUGACUCACACUAACUAUAUACCCAACAUUCACUGUCCUAACACAGCAUUGACUCACACUGACUAUAUACCCAACCCUCACUGUCCAAACACAGCAUUGACUCACACUAACUAUAUACCCAGCCCUCACUGUCCAAACACAGCAUUGACUCACACUAACCAUAUACCCAACAUUCACUGUCCUAACACAGCAUUGACUCACACUGACUAUAUACCCAACCCUCACUGUCCUAACACAGCAUUGACUCACACUAACCAUAUACCCAACAUUCACUGUCCAAACACAGUAUUGACUCACAAUAACUAUAUACCCAACAUUCACUGUCCUAACACAGCAUUGACUCACACUAACUAUAUACCCAACAUUCACUGUCCAAACACAGCAUUGACUCACACUAACUAUAUACCCAGCCCUCACUGUCCUAACACAGGAUUGACUCACACUAACCAUAUACCCAACAUUCACUGUCCUAGCACAGCAUUGACUCACACUAACCAUAUACCCAACAUUCACUGUCCUAACACAGCAUUGACUCACACUAACCAUAUACCCAACAUUCACUGUCCUAACACAGCAUUGACUCACACUAACCAUAUACCCAACAUUCAC